CAGGGGGCAGUGCUUCCGGGUGAGAGUGAGGUGACCUCCCUGCUGCCGAAGGAAUCAACGGCGACAACCACCAUGGGGGCGCACCUGGUCCGGCGCUACCUGGGCGAUGCCUCGGUGGAGCCCGACCCCCUGCGGAUGCCCACCUUCCCGCCCGACUACGGCUUCCCCGAGCGCAAGCCGCGCGAGAUGGUGGCCACACAGCAGCAGAUGGACGACGCGCAGCUGAGGCUCCAGCAGCGGGACUACUGCGCCCACUACCUCAUCCGGCUGCUCAAGUGCAAGCGUGACAGCUUCCCCAACUUCCUGGGCUGCAAGCAUGAGCAGCACGACUGGGACUACUGCGAGCACCUCGACUAUGUGAUGCGCAUGAAGGAGUAUGAAAGGGAGCGGCGGCUGCUCCAGCGGAAGAAGCGGAGGGAGCAGAGGGAAGCAGAGGUGGCCAGAGGCCAGGAGUCCGCACAGUUGAGUCCCGACGCAGUCCUGUAAAUGGUCCACUCACCACACUGUGGACCAGUUAAAGAAAUAAAAGCCUCCAGGCUCCUUAGCCCAA